AUGUCCAAGGAUGGGGUAGAAGUAGAUCCAGCAAAGAUUGAGGCAGCGAAAGGAUGGCCUACACCAAAGACGGUGUAUGACAUUAGGAGUUUCUUAGGUUUAGCAGGAAAUUAUAGGCGUUUUGUGAAGGACUUUUCUAAAAUUUCUAAGCCUAUGACCUCUUUAAUGAAGAAGGGCAAGAAGUUUGAGUGGGAUGAGAAGUGUGAGGAAGCUUUCCAACUCUUGAAGCAAAAGUUGAUGACAACACUAGUGCUUACAUUGCCAGAUGAUAGUGGAAUCUAUGAUGGAAAUGAAGAAAUGAACUUGGAAGUGGUAGAAUGCGGAGUGCUAGCAGGUAUACUUGCGAAUCUAAGCAUUCAACCAACAAUAUUUGAUGAGAUAAGGGAAAGUCAGGAAGGAGAUGUUAAGUUGGAUAGGAUUCGUGAGAAAAUCAAGCAAGGAAAGGCUACAGAUUUCAAAUUUCAUGAAGAUGGAAGUUUAAGGUACAAGGGUAGAUGGUGUGUACCACAAAAAUGUGAGGAAGAAAUGAGAAAUUUAAUGGAAGAAGAACACAAUACACCAUACUUAGUACACCCAGGAGGGGACAAGCUAUACAAAGACUUGAAAAAGAUGUAUUGGUGGCCUAGAAUGAAGAAUGAAGUUGCGGAAUUUGUAGCGAAGUGUUUAACUUGUCAAAAGGUGAAAAUAGAGCACAAGAGACCACAAGGAACCGUGCAAUCAUUAGAAAUUCUUGGAUGGAAGUGGGAUUGCAUUUCGAUGGAUUUUGUGACUUGCCUCCCAAAGUCAAAGAGCGGAAAUGAUACCAUUUGGGUCGUGGUGGAUAGACUUACUAAAUCUGCAGUGUUCAUACCAAUGAAGGAGACCUGA